UCAGUGGAUUCGAAUUUUAGGUAUGGACAUUGUAGGACGAAUGUAUUUAAAAGAAAUUCACUAUUUGGGAAGAAAAUUGCAAUCGAAUAACCCUUUCUAUAUGAUAAGGGAGGCAAAAGCAAAAAAACGGCGUGUUGCAAUGGCCAAUUUAUUAGCACAAUUAGCUAAAGGAAUGAUCUUUGCCCAUCGAAAUUUUACAGAAAUGCAAAGAAAGAUUUCAUUGAGAAAAUUUUCUAGACACAGAAGAACUUCGCAUAUUUGUGAGUUUUAUCAGAAUUUGAGUAUUGGGGCACUUUGA